CCUCAUAAGGUAGUACAGAAUCUGCCCCCUCCCGGGAGGGAGCAGAGCAGCGUUAAUAAAUCUCUAAGCCGAGGAGGAAACUCCGGCUGGGCCAGAGCGGCGAGCUCCGGCUUCUCGUGGGGAACGGCUGCGGAGCGGUAAACGCCAGUACCGUCAGGAGCAGCACAACGGGCAAAAUACAAAGAGGCCACAAGAGAAGGGAACUCUUGGCCCUUUCCCGUAAACACAGUCCCCUUCACCGCCGCCUUCCUUCGCACAGCGCGCGGUUCUGCCUGGCUCCCGAGGCCGCUAGAACUGCUAUGUGACCGCGAGACUGCAGGAGGAAGGGGACUGGGGAGAAGAGGGUCGUCGGUGAGAGCCCCUGGGGGGCCAAGUUUGCUGCCACUUCUGCACGUGCCCUCCCUUCGCCCUCGCCCGCCCCUACCUGCCCCCCAACUGAUCCGGUUGUCCUUCGCCUCCUCGCGUGCGGUUCCCGGCGAUCAUGGUGACGGUGGAGGAGCUGCGGGAGAUGGACUGCAGCGUGCUCAAAAGGCUGAUGAACCGGGACGAGAACGGCGGCGGCGCGGGCGGCAGCGGCAGCCACGGUGCCCUGGGGCUGCUGAGCAGCGGCAAGUGCCUGCUGCUGGACUGCAGACCUUUCCUGGCGCACAGCGCCGGCUACAUCCGAGGCUCGGUCAACGUGCGCUGCAACACCAUCGUGCGGCGGCGGGCCAAGGGCUCCGUGAGCCUGGAGCAGAUCCUGCCUGCCGAGGAGGAGGUGCGCGCCCGCCUGCGCUCCGGCCUCUACUCCGCCGUCAUCGUUUACGAUGAGCGCAGCCCGCGCGCGGAGAGCCUCCGCGAAGACAGCACAGUGUCGCUGGUAGUGCAGGCGGUGCGCCGCAACGCGGAGCGCACCGACAUCUGUCUGCUGAAAGGUGGCUAUGAGAGGUUUUCCUCCGAGUACCCAGAAUUCUGUUCCAAAACCAAGGCCCUGGCAGCCAUCCCGCCCGCUGUGCCCCCGAGCACGGUGGAGUCUUUGGACAUGGGCUGCAGCUCCUGUGGAACUCCACUGCACGACCAGGGGGGCCCUGUGGAGAUCCUCCCCUUCCUCUACCUCGGCAGUGCCUAUCAUGCUGCCCGGAGAGACAUGCUGGACGCCCUGGGGAUCACAGCUCUGUUGAACGUCUCCUCCGACUGCCCAAACCACUUUGAAGGACACUAUCAGUACAAGUGCAUCCCGGUGGAAGACAACCACAAAGCUGACAUCAGCUCCUGGUUCAUGGAAGCCAUCGAGUACAUCGAUGCGGUGAAGGAGUGCCGCGGGCGCGUGCUGGUGCACUGCCAGGCGGGCAUCUCGCGCUCGGCCACCAUCUGCCUGGCCUACCUGAUGAUGAAGAAGCGGGUGAGGCUGGAGGAGGCCUUCGAGUUCGUCAAGCAGCGGCGGAGCAUCAUCUCGCCCAACUUCAGCUUCAUGGGGCAGCUGCUGCAGUUCGAGUCGCAGGUGCUGGCCACGUCCUGCGCAGUGGAGGCCGCCAGCCCAUCCGGGCCCCUGCGGGAGCGGGGCAAGGCCACCCCCACGCCCACGUCGCAGUUCGUCUUCAGCUUCCCGGUCUCGGUGGGCGUUCACGCGGCCCCCAGCAACCUGCCCUACCUGCACAGCCCCAUCACCACCUCCCCCACCUGUUAGGGCUGCUUGGAGAACCCUCAAACCAGGGGCCUUCAGCAAGGGGUGGGGGGGGCCGCGAGGGGGGGCAGCGAGUCAGACUGACCAGUUGGGGGCGGGCGACCAAGCUCCUUCCCAUCCAUUUCUCCUUGGCCGACCACCGGGCCACAGAAUGGCAAUAAGGACUUUAAAUACAUAUUAAAAGCAAACAAACAACCCCCCUCCAACUUAGAGCAAUAACGGCUGCCUCCGCAGGCAGGGAAGACCUUGGUUUGGUUUGUGUGUCAGUUUUACUUUUCAGAUAGGAAUUUCUUACCUCAUUUUUUUAAGCAGUAAGGCUUGAAGUUGUGAAACCCACAGGUCCUGGCAAAAUGUGCCCACCCAGUUUUAUUAGGGGGGGAGGGGGGUUAGGGAAAGGGACAAGAAGAAAACAAGUUUGCCAGAAGUGCCUGGUUCUGUGUGCUUGGCCCUGUUUUGUUGUUGUUGCUGUAAGUUACAGGAUUUUUUUUUUUU